AUGGCUGAAAUGAGUGGCUUGAUGGACUUGAAUCAAUUAUCUUCAAUCCUUCGUGAAGUGGGAGUACUGGUAGGUCGAGGCACGGCUGUUGAAAAAGAAGUCGAUAAGUUCAUCAAGAAGUUCCUGCCCUUUCAACUAGUGCUUGAUGAUGCGUUGAACAUGCAACUGAAUGAUGGCGCUGCUCGAGUUCCGAUAACUACUGUGAAAGAUACGUUGUCUGACAUUGACGACGCAUUGGAUGAGUGGAACACGGCGGUCAAGAAGGGAGCUGAGGAUGAUUUGAGGCCUAUUAUUAGAAAGGUAUGCUCCUUCAUUCCUUCGUAUCUGCAGUGUCAUUAUAAACAUCUGGUUUUGCGUCGUGAUAUAGCUUUCAAGAUCAAAAGCCUGAAUAAAACGCUGGAAUAUAUCACUGAGGAGAAACAUAAGUUUAAUUUUAGCAUGUUGAAGGGAAUUGAGGGGAAACUGGAACGAGAAAGGAGUCCCUCUUUUCUUGACCAGUUAGAGGUUUAUGGAAGAGCUGCAGAAAAUAAUAAAUUAUUAGAAUUAUUGUUGAGUGAGAGUAGUCAAGGACCGAGCCUCCCUGUCAUCUCCAUAGUUGGGUCGGGAGGGAUCGGAAAGACGAGUCUAGCUCGACUAGUAUUCAAUGAUACAGAGGUGAAAACUCAUUUCAACAAAAGAAUAUGGGUGUCUGCUUCUUAUCCUUGUGAAGAGAUUUGGAUUGCCAAAGCGAUUCUUAAAUCUCUAAGGGAAUUUGAUGCAUCAGAUCUGGUCGAAUUGGAAACUGUGUUACGGCAUAUUGGCCGAUUUAUUAGGGGGAAGAAAUUUCUUCUUGUCCUGGAUAACAUAAAAAUCGGAGAUCUCAAAUCAUGGGAACAGUUGAAUUAUUAUCUUAAGUGUGGUUGCCAAGGAAGUAGAAUUUUAGUGACUGCACUAGAGGAGAAUGCUGUAAAGAAGAAAGAGAAGACACGUGAGGAGAAUGCUGUAGCGGAGAAAGGGAAGACACAUGAGGAGAAUGCUGUAAUGGAGAUAGAAACCACCUUCACAAUCACAUUAAGAACACUAACUAAGGAGGAUUAUUGGUCAUUAUUCUGUCAACUUGCAUUUCAUAAUAGAGAACAAUGUGAAAAUUUGGAAGAGAUUGGUAGAAACAUUGUGGACAAGUGCAACGGCUUGCCAAUAGCUGUAAAGAUUUUAGGAAGCCUUUUGAGCCUUAAAAGAAAUGUUGAAGAUUGGAAAAACGUUUUGCAUGGUGAGAUAUCGGAACUUGCAGAAGAAAAAGGGCUUUUCCCACCUCUAUUGUUAAGCUAUUAUGAUUUGCCCAUCAUCCUAAGAAAAUGCUUCUCAUAUUGUGCCAUUUUCCCAAAAAAUUAUGAGAUAGAGAAAAGUCGGUUAAUCAAGUUAUGGAUGUCCCAAAAUUAUCUUAAGGCAGAAGGAAGAGAAGAUAUGGAGUUAAUUGGAGAAGAAUACUUUGAAAACUUAGUGAUGCUCUCAUUUUUUCAAGAUUUUCAAAGAAACACUUAUAAUGGGAGCAUAAUAAGUUGCAAGAUGCAUGAUAUAGUGUAUGAUUUUGCUCAAUUUAUUGCAAAGAAUGAAUGUUUUAUCAUGGAGGUAAAUGAUUCUGCAAAGUCUAAAUCAGAGUCUUCUUAUGAAAAAGUUCCACAUUUAAUGAUAAUAUUUGAAAGAGAGGGCUCUUUUCCAGUCCCUGUUUAUAAUGAUAGAGAAUUGCGUAGCCUUGUGGUUGAGCCUAGAGGUGGUUUUAUGAGUGAUGUAGAUCUGGGAAAGUUAUUUGAUCGGUUAACAUGUCUAAGGACAUUAGAUUUGAGUAACCAUGAUAAUGCUUGGUAUGAUUUAAUUAAAGAAGUUCCCAAAGGGAUAAAAAUGUUUAUACAUUUGAGGUAUCUUAACUUGUCCAAGAAUAGAAAGAUAAAAGAUUUGCCUGAAACAUUGUGCGAGUUAUAUAAUUUACAAACCUUAGAGCUCCAAUUAUGUACCAAUCUCAAAAAUUUACCUCAAGGGAUAGGAAAGUUAAUCAACCUUAGACAUUUGGUGAAUGAUGAAACUUCAAUAAGUUGCAUGCCAAAAGGAGUCAGGAGAUUAGCUAGUCUUCGAACCUUAAGCGAGUUCAUUGUGACUCUGAUGCGAACCUACCCAGAUCUCUUGCUCACUCAUACACAAAUACUAACACCAGAAGUAAUCAACGGUUCAUUGUAA